AUGGCGUCGAAAGAAUUUGAAUCUUGGCAGACGAAAAGAAAGAACAUCAAAGAACGCGUCGAGUUUAUGUUUAACAACCCAUUGAUGAGCGACAUAUCUUUUGUGAUUAAAGAUUCUGAGGGUUCCGAUGUCAUCUUCUCGGCACAUAAGUUCGUGCUAGCGGUGAGCAGCCCAGUUUUGUAUGCUAUGUUUUUCGGCGAUUUAGCGGAGAGUAAAAGCAGAAUUGAGCUUCCUGACUGUGAUUCAGAAAGCUUUGAAGAGUUUCUUCGCUUUCUUUAUUGCGACGAAGUCAAGCUCACUGGAAGUUGCGUUAUGCAAGUUUCAUACUUAGCAAAGAAGUACAUUGUUCCGGAACUUGAAAUCGAAUGUACGAAAUUCUUGACCGAAAAUCUCUCGCCGGAAAAUGUCUUCGACAUUUUGCCUCAUGCCAAAAAGUUCGAAGACAACGAGCUUGUGACUCGCUGCUGGGAGGUUGUGGAUGCGAGGGCCGAAGAAGUGCUAAGAUCUGAAUCGUUCUCGUCCAUCGCAACGGAACUACUCGAAGAAAUUGUGGUUCGAGAUUCUCUUGCGAUUCACGAAGUUAACCUUUUCGAAGCCGUUGAUCGAUGGGCAGAUGUGGAGUGUGAGCGACAAGAGAUUGAACCCUCUAAAGAAAAUAAAAGAAGGGUAACUGGCGAGGAAGUUAUAAACAACAUUCGUUUUCCGUUGAUGACGCAGGAGCAAUUUGCUGAAAAGGUUCCAACAUCUGGGCUCCUCACCAAAGACGAUGUCAUCGAGAUGUUCAUGUGGUAUAGCUCUGUAACAAUAAGCAUGAAAUUCUCAAAACGUCCAAGGAAGUUAAUUCCUCCUCGUGUGUUUUCCCGCUGCAAGAGAUUCCCUCAGGUCAGCCAUGGAUGGGCAUAUUCUAGCGGUAUACCCGAUGGGGUGGUUUUUGCCGUAGAUACCCCUGUGUAUAUGGGUGGGGUCCGUCUGUUUGGGAGCCGAGGGUUCUCGUAUGAUGUCUCUCUCAAGCUGUCUUUGCUGGUGGAAGGUAACUGCCGGGAUCAAGAGUUGCACUCUGUUGACGGUUCUUACGAGACUGAAGCAGAGAAGACAAAUGGAUACUUUGGUUUUGAUAUAAUCUUUGAUGAUCUUGUGCAGCUACAACCCAAUGUGCAAUACCACAUUUCUGCAUUGAUCUCCGGGGUUAGUUCAUGGUAUGGCUCUGGUGGGCUGAGUGUAGUGGAAUGUGAUGGUUCAUGCUUUAGGUUCACUGGCCAGUCAAGUCCAAAUGGCACAAAUGAUGCAGGGGGACAGUUUGCAGAGAUUUUGUUUCACAAAAGAUAA